UCGCCGCAAAGCGAGGCCGGGGAGAUGGCGGCGCGCUGGGCGCUGAGCGCGGGUGCUGCCUGGGCUCGGGGUCUCCUCAGCUGGGCACGGCCAGAGAGGUUUCUGUCAUCUGUGAGCCUUUUUCCUCUGUCCUGCAUCCACACCAGCACAUCUCUGCAGAAAAUUGGGAAGUGGGAGAAGAAGAACAGGAUUGUUUACCCUCCCCAGCUGCCUGGAGAGCCUCGCAGACCAGCUGAAAUAUAUCACUGUCGGAGGGAAAUAAAAUACAGCAAAGAUAAGAUGUGGUAUCUGGCAAAACUGAUAAAAGGAAUGUCCAUUGAUCAGGCUCUCGCUCAACUGGAAUUCAGUGACAAAAAGGGAGCAAAGGUGAUCAAAGAGGUUCUGUUAGAAGCACAGGAAAUGGCUGUAAGAAAGCACAAUGUGGAAUUCAAAUCAAACUUACACAUAGCGGAGUCGCAGACGGGCAGGGGCCGUUACGUGAAGCGGCUGCGCUACCACGGCAAGGGCAUGUUUGGCAUGAUGAAAAUCAGCAGGUGCCACUACUUUGUGAAGCUGGUGGAAGGUCCUCCUCCUCCCCCAGAGCCACCAAGGACUGGCUUUGACCAAGCAAAGGAAUACGUGCAGCAGCUGCGAAACAGAACCCUUGUUCACACACUGUGAUACAAUUCAGUGGCUGUAUAGGUAUCUCAUGUUGGGCAAUGUAAUUGUACAAAGGAAUCAUUAAAGUCAUGGUUUAGUUAUA